AUCCAUCCAUCCAUCCUCCCUCCCCGCUCACACUCCAGCUUCUCCUGCUUGCUGCAGGUACCUGCAGGUCACCAAAGCAAUGUAGGAGGAGCCCUCCUCUCCCUCAUCCUCAGUUUACAUUCCUAUUCCCUUAAUUGCUAUCUUGGGAUAGUUCUGGAAUUAAAAUGUUUUGAAUAACAGAGGAAAAGAAGGAUUAGUAAAUACUGCAGUAGAAAUGUAGUAACUCCUUGAGUAAUAGAUGUGCUGAAAUGUCGUUUAUUUUCCUCACUUUUCUGGUGAAUUUUCUGUAUCUUCCUUCACCCAUCACUGCUGGAGCCAAAGCCCUGAGCUUUUGGGAAUCCUAUUGAAAUGCUUAAUUAAGGCAAGACAAAACAAACUGCUUAAACCAAGCAACACUGAAUCCCAUGCCGCAGGCACUGCUGAGGAUUAAACUUUCUGUCUGGGGUGGGUUUUCGUGCCUUUAUGGAGUUUUUAAGUUGUUGAUUGUCCCUUAAAGUCAUGAGCAGCUUCCACAGCACCCGGCAGCAGCUGGUGAGUUAAAACUGUCACAAUGGAAAUCUUGUGUAGCAAUAAGGUCACUUAGAAAUAAGCCUUCUUAAUUCAGUAAUCCAAAUCAGGGCUGGCUUGCUGUGUGAAAAUUUGCAGAGUUCUCCAGGAUGGCAAAGAGAGAUUUAAAAUAAAGCUGUGUGGGAUCAGCAGAGCUUUCCCUCGGACUGGACAGCCACUACUGCAUUUUUCAGUCUUAAAAGAACCACUGAAACUUGCUCCUGAAACUAAAAGAGGAGAUUAGCAGCUGCAUCACCCGAGGUGGCCAGAAAUCCCCAACUAUGUCCCAUUGUCAUGCACAUCCUUUACAGACCCUGCAUCCCAGGGAGCAUUCCAGCAUCUCCCAAUUCCCUCCUUAGCCAGGAAAACCAGGCUUGUUCCCUACAGAGUGCCAUAGGAGAGUAACACUCUCUCCAAAACACAAAUCUGCUGCCGAAACCACGUGUGGGUGUGUUAUUCCCAGGACACAGGUGAUGCAGCCAGGGGCUGUUCCGAUGGGACAGCACAUUCCUCCCAGGCAGGGCUGGUGGAGGCAGCAGCUUGGUCUUGCUCCAGUGGGUUGUCCAGCACUGAUUCCCGUUUCCCCUCAGGCUGCCUCUCAUUAGCAUGAAUCGGGGGAAGGGCAUAAAAGACUCCAGUUCAUUUUGAGUCUGGAAAAUCUUUACUUCAAAAUGACAACCAAAGUGUUCUGGCUCUUCUGCUUUGUCAUUAGAUCAUCUUCUGGAUCCCUGCCCUAUGCUGAUAAACCCAGCCAGGCUCUGAGCAAGGAUGUUUUCAGUUCAGCAGCUUCUGCUGAUGUUCAGGUGAAAGUGCCAGCGCGGGGCACGGGCAGUGCCAGCAGGAAUGCCCUGGGAAUGCCUCCCCCCCUCCUGCAGCAGCCAAAGCCCCCAGGAAUCCCCUCCCUCACCUCUGACAAGAAGAAACGUGGGGAGCCUUCCCUGGAAAACAGCACAGGGCUGAGGAAGCCCCUGGGGCAGCACAGAGGGGUCCUGGCCCUGCACAGCCCCACCCAGGGGGGCUCUCCCAGCCCGCUGGACUCCGGCCAGGCCAACAGGCAGCACUCGGACCGGCGGCUGGCCAAGGCUGCCAACAGCGUGUGGGCUCGUGCCCUGCACUCCCACCCCAAGGGCACAUCCCUGCUGGAAGCUCAUCCUUUUCCAGGCUCUGCUACAGUGGAGUCAAAUGAUCCCAACACGCUGCACCACUUCAACAGAGCAGGGAAGGCAAUUCCCUACAAAUACCCCGAGCCCUUCACCAGGAUCCCCAAACCCUCCUGGGUCACCAACCGCUGGUCACCCAGCUCCAUGGACCUGGGGGUGCUGAGGAAAGAUGGUGACAAGGAGCAGGUGUGUCUGAGCCAGUGCAGGAAGGAGCAGGAUGAGGUGGAGGCUUUCUGUGCCAGCGAGUUUGCAGUGAAUGGAAUUGUUUAUAACCUGGAAAGCCUGGGGAAUGGAGUCCAGUGGAUUACCCUCUUGGUAGACAGUGAUGGAUUGUACAAGAUGAGUCGCCUGUAUGUCACUCCUGAUGCUGCCUUCUUCCGAGUUCACAUCCUGGUUGUGGAUACUUCAAACUGCAGUAAACCAUGUCCAGACUUUAAAAUUGGCAGCAGGUACAUGGUGAUGGGGCACAUCUACCACAAGCGCCGGCAGGUGCCCGCCGAGCUGCUGCCAGCCCUGCGCGGGCGGCUGCGCCCGGGGGAUGGCUGGGUCGGGAGCAGCAGCAGCUACGUGAGGAGAUUCAACAGAAAAAGGGAUCUCAGGGUGAGAGCAGCACGCUCCAAGUGUCCAUAAGGCUCCAGGAGCUCCGUCCAGGAUGUGGGAGCAGCAGGAUCCACCCUCAGAGCACACCUGGGCAUGGGCAGCGCUCCCGUCUAGAACCGCAAUCCAACACCGGCUUUUGUGCUUCAGCAAACACGGGGUGCCCCGAGCAGGCACCCCUGGUGAGGUUCAGCACAGAACUCAGUCUAGGGAAUGUUAACUGGCUGUGAAUUUGCUCCAGCUGCUUUCAGAGCCACAGGUUAUUGUUGCUUCCCCUGCUGCAGUGUGCCCUGAAUAAUCUGUAGCAACUGUAAUGCAAAAUUCUGGCAGCUUCGUCCUUGGUACACAACAACUGCACUUUGAACCCUUCACCUUGAACACAGAUGAUACCACAGCUUUAUCUACACAGGAUGUUCACUGUGCUUUCACAGUUCUGCCUAAAGCAUCACAUGCAUUUGAUUUCAGAGAAACCAACACCACUAAGUACCAUUUAUAUCAUUUUUGUCUCCUCAACCGUGUCCAUGGUAUUUCUGAAAAUUACACCAUUCUUCCAGCAGAGCUGGAAGCAUACAGAAUAGAGUGUAAUAAUAUGAGUAUAUGAACACACUGACUGAAAGCAAAUCAAGAACUGCAAAACACAAAUGUCCAGUUGUGUUUACAAGUGAUGGCGCAGGGAACGCAAAAUGAGCACGGGCUGCACACACUGGGUGUGCACGGACACUUCAUCCCACAGCUGUGCUGAAUGCCAUUCCCAGGAGAAAUAUUGCCAAGCUUGUACUUGCACAAGAGUAAAAGUUAUUUUUAAAUGAAAAAGACAAUAUUGUAGUACCUUUAACGUGGUGGAAUUGAGAUGUUUGUUGUUCCCAGUCAGUAUUCGCAGAUAAGUCUGUAAAAGAAACUAAUAAAAUGCUCAUGAGA